AUUUUUCCCAUUGAAAAAUUUCCCAUUGUAACCUGACAUUUAAACCACCCUGUAUAAUAUAGCAUAAACCUAAAUUUCCAGUAAAAUUGGUUACAAUUACAAUAUUGUGGUUCGUGAGACUUCAUCUAUUGAUCCAUGAUGUCAGGAGUAAUUUAUUGUGGAAUUUUGUAUACCAAUUGUGUCUAUUUGCAUAUGUACAUGCAUUAGAUGAAUAAUUAAAUACAUUAGGUAUUUUGCAUAAUAUGAAAAAAACGAUAUCACACUCCGCUUUAAACUUUCAGUGCAUGCUAGAAAUACUCAAUCAGUAAAUAGAAACAAGGAAUAUGUACAACCUGUCUUCAAAUUAAUAUGAAUUUAACCUGACGCCAAAAACAAUAUUUAUUAUUAUGACUUGGUGAAAAUAAACAAUGAUAAGAAUUUUAUAUCGCGACAGACGAAUCUCCUAACACCAGCACCGUCCUAUCGUCGUACACGUAUAUGUAAUGUACAUAGUACAUACAUACGUCUGCUAUAGAUAAUCAGACUUUUCAUUCGGCUUUAGUUGGGUCCACUUGACUUUGUUAAUGCUCUGAUUUCAAAGAGCUGCUGAAUAUUCUCAUGGUGUGAGAGCAUGUUAAUAUGUAACAAGACCAGAUAAUACAGACACAUAAUUCAGUAAUCUCAUUGCUUUAUCUGAAUUUUACUUGAAUACUUUAAAAUAAGUUCUAUUUUAGACCUUCAUUUGUUGUUUGGGAAUAUGAUUUCACACAAAAUUUUAAGAGUCCUGCGUACAGCGGAUAAAUUGCCAAGAUGUAAUAGUAAUUUACUACCUCGAUUCGCCUCAAAUGUGCCCAACACUAGUUUAAAUAACAAAAGGAAAACGACCCAACUAAAGGAGAUGAUAAACUCUCCAAAAUUAGAAUUUAUCAUGGAAGCUCAUUCCGGUCUUAGUGCUCGAAUUGUGGAAGAAUCCGGUUUCAAGGGGAUUUGGGGGAGUGGACUCGCAAUUUCUGCAAUGAUGGGCGUUCGUGAUAGCAAUGAAGCUUCAUGGACUCAAAUUACGGACGUCCUCGAUUUUAUGGCGGAUGCUACUUCAGUGCCAAUUUUAUUAGAUGCAGAUACUGGAUUUGGAAACUUUAACAAUGCAAGAAGACUCGUUUCUAAACUGGAACAAAUUGGAGUUGCUGGAUGUUGCAUGGAGGACAAGCUGUUUCCCAAAACAAACUCUUUGUUGGAUGGAAGAAAACAAGACUUGGCUAACAUUGAAGAAUUCGCCCUAAAAAUUAAGGCGUGCAAAGAUCGCCAAAAAGACCCAGACUUUAUCGUAGUGGCGCGGGUGGAAGCUCUAAUUGCUGGUUGGGGGAUGGACGAAGCUCUCAGACGGGCAGAGGCGUAUCGUAAUGCGGGAGCAGAUGCGAUACUAAUGCACAGUAAAAAGUCGGAUCCAUCCGACAUUGAGGGCUUUAUGAAAGUUUGGAAAAAUCAGGGUCCAGUAGUGGUAGUGCCCACGAAAUACUACAAGACACCAGCCAAAGAUUUGGCAGAUAUGGGCGUCUCAAUGGUUAUAUUUGCAAACCAUAAUAUGAGAACUUGUAUCACGGCAAUGCAAAAAACUACUGCAAGGAUCUUUAAAGAUAAAUCAUUGGUGGGGGUGGAGAGUGAGGUCGCCUCUGUGAAAGAAGUCUUCCGUCUGCAACGAGAUGAUGAACUUAUCGAUGCUGAAAGUAAAUAUUUGCCUGUCAAGUAAAGGUCAAGAAAUAAUCAAAAUAAAAGUUGUCGAACUAUGUAUAUAAAU